GAAUUUCAUUUUCUUGCCAGGAGGACCUAGAUGAGAAUAAAAAUAGUGAAUAGAAAGAAGAUGUGAUCCCCACUCAAGCAUAGCAGUUGACGAGGAAGACGAUUCAUUAGUAUUUUCCUGACAGAUAUACGUUGGAGCACAAGCGCGCGUGAAAUAAAACGAUGCUCUGUUCAUUUGCUGGCAACGUUCACGGGACAUGGAGAGCCUUUGUGGUUACUGGAACAAUCUUGGGACUUUUAGGAGCUACUACAUCACAAGGCUACUUCAAGGAUGACCACGAACAUAAGCUGAUCAAUUCCUUGUUCAAGAGUAAUUACAGCAAAGAAGCUUUACCUGUAGUCAACAAAUCAGAAGCAGUUCAGGUUACGUUUGACCUGGCAUACAGUCAACUUAUAUAUCUGGACAGCAAAAAUCAAAUACUCUCCAGCAAAGUGUGGUUACGACAGAUGUGGACAAACCCAUUCCUCAGAUGGGACCCUGAGAAGCAUGGUGGAAUAGAAUAUAUAAAUGUUGAUCCAAAAUUAAUAUGGAAACCAGACAUCAUUCUAUAUAAUAACAUUGGCUUUGGUGAAACAGGUGCAAUAUAUAAUUUUGACACAAAAGCAACCCUGAAGUACGAUGGAUACACACAAUGGUAUGCGCCAACAGAGAUUCACAGCAUCUGCAAAAUUGACAUCGGCUAUUUCCCCUUUGACCAUCAGAAAUGUAAACUUAAAUUUGGUUCCUGGACUUACACAGAUAAUAAACUCAAUCUUUCUGCUUCGGCCAACAAAGUCACUGCAGACCUCUCCAAGUACACGGUCAGUGGCGAGUGGGAGCUAGUUGAAGCACCUCUAAAGAGGAAUGCCGUCAAGUAUACUUGUUGUAAACAUCCCUACAUCGACAUAACAUACACGAUACACGUCAAGAGAAGAGUUCUCUUCUACAUGAUGAAUCUGAUUGUCCCGUACAUCGUACUUGCUGUCUUGACAGUUUUCUCCUUCUACCUACCACCAGAGUCUGGAGAACGAAUGGGUCUGGUAAUUACAAUCCUACUAGGUCUGACCGUGUUCAUGAUGGUAUUCACCGACAAUGUGCCACGCACCUCGGAAGUAACCCCGCUGAUCGGUAAAUACUCGGUCACAGUCCUUGUUCAGGUCACUUUUGCGCUGCUAGUCACGUGCGGUGUUCUGAGAAUUUAUCACAAAGAUCCCGAAAGGAAGAUGCCUGCCUGGUUCCGCAAGCUGAUCUUUGACAUCUUGGGGCCAAUGCUGCUAGCCACACCUUCUGAUAAACGAAAAAAGUUGAAACAAGAAGACAAGAACAGGAGCUACUACAUGUCGAAAGUACAGGGAAAUCCCUACGAGAUCCAUCGUAGCCAAAACCAUCUUGUUGUGUCAAUUCCAAAGAUCACAGGCAUAAAGGAUGGCGAGGGGGAAACCGAGCGCAAAUGUUUUCACACCUCACCCAUGGGAUCCAAUUUGUCGCUGACGCCCUCGGAUGAGCGUAUGGAAGAGAUUGUGUACGGCAUGCGCGCCAUUGUAUCUCAUCUGAAAGACACUCAAGAGUCUGACGCAAAAGUCAAUGACUGGCAUCACGCAGCCGCAGUUCUAGACAUUGCGUUUUUCUGGAUAACGGCUAUCACCAUCUUAGGCUCAACCCUGGCCUUUUACUUUAUGAUUCCAAACUGACGGUGUGAAGUACAUUGUGAAAUCGCGAAAGGAGAACUGCACCUUUUUGACAUAUGAUGUUCCACAUAAAAGAAACACCUGAAUGUCAAAUAGAAAUCAGGGACACUGGAACAAUAAUCAACAGGGGAGGGGAGGAAGGAAGUAGAUGCCGGUUAAGCCUGUCCUGAUUUUUUUCAGCGACUUUUGAGCAACUUUUUGCGUUUCUAGCAACUUCGAGUAAUUUUUGCCUUUCUCAGCAAUUUUGGAACAAAAUACAAGUUUAGAGCAUAUAUCAAGCGUGAAAAAAAAUCAAUGAUUUAUAUAAAAGUAUCAAGAAAUUUAGGAAGCAACUUUUUAAAUUUAGGUAGCAAACUUUUUGGAUUUUUAGCAGUUUUUAGCACUCUUUCGGAAUUCCAGUGAGCAACUUCUCAAUAUUUCACGAGCACAAUCGGGACAGGCGUGGUGCCGGUGGCAGGGGUUUCUAUGAAGGUCUAGUAACCGGAGCGAAAAGAUUACCCCUAGACCCUAAGGUUUGGUCGUCCCUGGAAAACUACGUGUACCUAAUCCUUCAGUAGUUAAAACAAUUGUUAAAUGCUAGUGAAUUUUCAUUUACGCGUAACUGCCCUUAAUGAGGAAAGUUAAGGAGUUAUUUCCACCAGAAAUGACGAAUUUUUUAGGUAAGUUCUUCUUCAAAAGGAUGAAAACUGAUGGGCGCAUAAGUUAGGGUUGAAGUUUGAACGUUUCUCUUGUGAGAGUUAUUUUAUAUAAAAAAAAAAAAAUUUUAGGGCUGCUUAUUCUCGAAGUUGGCUCGUAAACUUUUGUUCCUUGUGUCUGGUGCAUCACAGCUAUAUCGAGUAUCUAUCUUUUAAGGCGGCUCCAAGUUUGGCAAAUGGAUUUUGGAGGUUAUCAGAAUUCCUUGUUUUGUGGAAAUCACAAUAAUAAGGGUUUUUUGAUAGUAAUGCAUCGCUUAAUUUACCAGAGAGAUGCAAUCAGUUAAUGUAUUUAAAUUUUUAGAUUUUCUCCAUUAGGGUUCUUCCUUAAGAAACAAAGGGCGAGCUGUUACACACUGUUAGGGAACCAAAAAGGGUUCCAAACUAAGAUAUCUAUUUUGGAUUUAUUAGAAUGGGAAUUUAUCCCGAUAUUUGAUAGUUCUUUCUGUUUUUAUCUCCAAAAUUAGGGCCUCUCGAGGAGGGGGCGGGGGGGGGGGGGAAAGGGGGUGCUUGUGUUUUGGAGUGCUAUGGUUUUUAUACUCGAGUGGGAGGGAAAAUGAAAAGCAUCGUCUUAACAUAAAAAAUACACCAAAGUGCUCCUGCUCCCGCAAAUUGUUUGAAAAAAGCCCUUUCUCUCCAAACCCUGAGACGCCCUGACAAAGGAGAUGAAAAUCGAGUGAGUAUAUUUUGUCUUGUAAAGUUUGACUAAUAAAGUUGACAUAAUAAAUAUUCCAA